CAGAUAGCAUGGACCAUAGUGGAAAAAGACCAGACGCGAUAGCGCCAUUUUGAACUGUCUGCGAAUGGCUGGUGUUGGAAGGACUUGUCCGGGAGGGUGCGCGAGUGAUUGAACAAGCCGGGAGAGGGAGGAAAGAAAGUCAAGCAGGAGGGUGGCCCGCAACGUCUGUCCCACUAUAUAGCGCCAUCAUUUGAGAAAUACCGCUUGCACGAGUCCAUACCCGGACAUACAAGCCCGGGAAUCGAGCGCGCGGCUAGAAUCCCACUCGCCAUGGCAGGAACUGGAGGUGGGAGCAAUGACGUGCAGUGGUGCUUCUCUCAGGUGAAGGGUGCCAUUGAUGAUGACGUGGCCGAAGCCGACAUCAUAUCUACUGUGGAGUUCAACCACUCAGGAGAGCUGCUAGCCACAGGAGACAAGGGCGGCAGGGUCGUCAUCUUUCAGCAGGAAAUAGAGAAUAAGAGUCAGCCACAGUGCCGCAGUGAGUACAAUGUUUACAGCACUUUCCAGAGCCAUGAGCCCGAGUUUGACUACUUGAAAAGUUUGGAGAUUGAGGAGAAGAUCAAUAAAAUCCGCUGGCUGCCCCAGAAGAACGCAGCUCAGUUCCUGUUGUCCACUAACGACAAAACUAUAAAGUUGUGGAAGAUCAGUGAACGAGACAAGCGACUGGAGGGUUACAACCUGAAAGAGGAGGAUGGACGCUGCAUCGACCCCAACACUGUCACUGCACUUCGGGUGCCCGUGUUUAGACCUAUGGACCUUAUGGUGGAGGCGAGCCCUCGAAGGGUGUUUGCCAACGCCCACACCUACCACAUCAACUCCAUCUCAAUUAACAGUGACCAUGAGACAUAUCUAUCCGCAGAUGACCUGCGCAUCAACCUCUGGCACCAGGAGAUCACUGACCGCAGCUUUAACAUUGUGGAUAUAAAGCCAGUCAACAUGGAGGAGCUGACAGAGGUGAUCACAGCAGCUGAGUUCCAUCCUAACCAGUGCAACACCUUUGUCUACAGCAGCAGUAAGGGCUCCAUCCGCCUCUGUGACAUGAGGGCAUCAGCGCUAUGUGACAAGCACUCCAAACUGUUCGAGGAGCCAGAGGACCCCAGUAACCGCUCCUUCUUCUCUGAGAUAAUUUCAUCCAUCUCGGAUGUCAAGUUCAGCCACAACGGACGCUACAUGAUGACCAGAGACUACCUGUCUGUCAAGAUCUGGGACCUGAACAUGGAGACCAGGCCUGUGGAGACGUUCCAGGUUCACGAGUACCUCAGGAGUAAGCUGUGCUCGCUCUAUGAGAACGACUGCAUCUUUGACAAGUUUGAGUGCUGCUGGAAUGGAAACGACAGUGUGGUGAUGACAGGCUCGUACAACAACUUCUUCCGGAUGUUUGACCGGGGCCAGCGGCGGGACGUGACCCUGGAGGCGUCCCGGGAGAGCAGUAAGCCACGGCAGGUCCUGAAGCCCCGCAAGGUGUGUGCCGGCGGGAAGCGGAAGAAGGACGAGAUCAGUGUAGACAGCCUGGACUUCAACAAGAAAAUCCUCCACACUGCCUGGCACCCCCAGGACAACAUCAUCGCUGUGGCAACCACCAACAACCUCUACAUAUUUCAGGACAAAGUGAACUAGAUGUGUCCGUGAAGGCAGACAUGACAUCCACUACCUUCAGCCUCUCAUUUUAGUCCAGGACAGUGAUUGAGUGACAACAACGUCGCAGUCAACAACAACAAAACCUGUCAUUGGACAAAACAGACUAUGCCAUGCUUCCAGGUGUGGAAAACUGAAACCUCAUUCUUGCCCACCAUCAGCCUCUGUGGCACAGUGACACGUCGCUCAACUUGUUAUUGUUUCGGUGAUGUUGUGCCAAUCUGUGUGCCGCCCGCCAAGUAUCGCCCCACCCAGCCCAGCCCAGCCCAGCCCCAGGGCAACAUGGGUAAAGAGCACCAUUUUAUUUGUAUGUCUGACAAGCACACUUUUUUUUUUUUUUUUUUUUUUUUUUUUGCUGAUGGUUAGAAAAAUCAAAACACACCUAGAACCAUCCCUACCCCUGUUCAACUCCUCUCAUUGUCUGGUGCCAUAGUCAUGUUUUUUUAUUAGUCAACUGCCAAGCUGUUUGUUUUUUGUUUUUAAUUCAAUUGCAAGAACUGGAGUUUUUAUUUUUGUUCGUCUUCAUAGUUGGAAAGGAAAAGGCACAAUGCUUGCUCACCGUUAAAUGAUUUGUUUUAUUUAAGCAAGGUUAAAAGAUUAACGUUUCGGCCUUCAUCAUAUCACAUUUCUUCACUUGUGCACGCACAAACAAUUCAUGCAUACACAAACCCAAUAGGAAACAAACUCACACUUAUUAAAGAGCCUCGCUGUCUCUCAAAGCUGUUGCUGCUGGUGGUGGACUGCUGCACCUCAGAGGAACACUUUAAAACAUGUACUGACAGCAUGUUGUAUGUAUGUAGUGUGACUGGUCCUUUCUGCACACACUACUAGAUGCACAACCAGUCUGUCUGGCCCAGUGAGGACUCCUUGCUAUUGCUGUGAGUGGACUAGCAGGCUAAGGCUUGGGAGAGAAUUGACUGAGUCUGGGAACCAGAGUUCUUGCUGUGUCUUGUUGGGUUUUUUUCUUUCUUUUUUCCUGUUGACGGUUUUCUGUUGUCAAAGAAGUGCUAUAGGUAUCAUACGUGAUCUGUGUCAUUGUACUCUAUUAGUAUAACGCAAAUGACAUAUUGAAACGUUAUAGAUGUGUGUAGCGUUUUAAGCCGGCAUUUCAUGAACUGCCACCAUAAAUGGCUAGGUUCAAGGAAAAUCCUGAAUCUGAGUACCCAUUACCAUGAUCUUGCUCGUCAAGCCUGUGUCUACACCAGUGAAAUUUGAAGGUUGAAAUCAUGAUGUUUGACAAUAAUUACAAAUACAAUCCAACUGUUGUAAAUCUACAAUGACAGGAAUAAAGUAAAUACUUUUUUUUUUUUUA